UCUUGUAUCGUUUCGUCAUUCCGAUUCAAGAACGGAUCGUGUGAAUACGCGUUUUGUUUUAUAUCGUUGUUCAAAACGAUUUUUAUAUUAUAGAUGUAUAGUUUUGCUCCUUUUUUGAGUUGUUGACUUCACGGAAAAAUUUGGGCACGUCGUCCGGGAAGACUCACCGGGGUUUUACGGGAAACGGUGUCUGGAGAAGAAGAAAAAAUCGCAUAUUUUUCGUUUCUCGUGCAAGUUUCGGUUUUUCGUACAAGUGCAGCCUACAACCAAGUGACCAAAAAUCGUCCAAGAAGGAAGAAUACUAAAGUGGUUUCUCAACUUCAGCUUAAGGAAAAAAUACACACAAAAAUAAGAAAAAGAAAAAAAAAGUUUUAAGGAAGAACGACAAAUGUUACAAAUGUGUCUACCUCCAGCAGCAGUGCUGAAACCAAAAUUGUAAAAGUUAUAACCAUAGAGAGUACUAUAGUGGAAACAGAACACCGCACCCGGGUUCACAGUUGCCGGCAGCGCAGCGGGAAAAAUCGAAUUUUCCCUGUUCCAACCAACCCAGUCGAUAUCAUAUGACUGCCACCACCACCGACCAUCGUCGUCGUCUACUUCGAGUGGAGCAGACGUCGUGCAGACGGCUCCCCAACUCCUGUGCGCCGCCCCACACCAGCAAGGACGAGAACGCCAGUGAAAAGUGAAAUUUUCCUCCUCGCGGACUCAGUGCACACACACACACACACAGACAGAUAAGGGGCCGUGUUUUUCACGACUUUCACGAACACACGAGCGUGUGUUUGAGUGUUUGUGCGGGUUUUCCAAAGGAAAGUGAAAAGGAACGUCGUCAACGCUGAAGAACAAAAACAACACCCGAGAGUGUGAGUGGAAAACGAUUGGGAGUUGUGGUUGAACCUGGGUUCACACGGAAAAGUGCGAGUUCCGGAUAAGCUGGGAGUGUUUUUGUACAUAGUUUAGGAAAAUACAUGAUUCAACGUUGUGCGUAGAGUACGUCGCGUGUGACUCAGGGACUUGGUAGAACAUACCGUUUGUUAGCAAAUAACCCGUGGCCGGACCAGGAAGCACUGGUGACACACAGUCGAAAAGUGCUGCCGUAGCACGAAGAAGCAAGUGGCACACAAAAUGUUCCAGCUAAUUGGCAGUUUAUCGACUUGACAUAAUAAAGAAAAACCGCAAGACGGGCAUAAUUGUAAUUAUAGCAAAAAUGAACCGCGCUUUAAUCAGCCCACAGUUAUUAGCUGAAAGUUACAAGUGUAUGUGAGAAUGUUGGUAGUUAAGCAAGAAGAAUGUUGUAGCCAAUUAUAUUGAAGAAUCUAGUGAAAAUUUAUUCUCUGUUACGCUAAUACAAAUGAAUAACCCAAUAGUUGAAAACAAUAGUGCAAAGUGAAAAUAAAAAGUUCAAAGCAAGAAACUAUUUACAGACAGCAAACGGACCUCAGAACCUCAGAACACGACAAAGCUGCAAUGAUGAUGCUGCAGCACAUGUCGCCCCACUUUGUGGGAGGCGCCCCGACCACCGACCAUCCCGGGCCAUCCCCGGGGGUCACUCCGUCACCGCCACCACAAACAACCCUUACGCAGAGUCCUUCGCCAUCACCGCCACCGCCGCCACCGUCUCAUCACGUUCAUCUCGCGCAUCCAGAAGAUCGCCAGCCGUCACGGAUCGUGAUGCGCCGAUCGUCGCUCCAUCUGCCGUCCGACGACGAAGAACAUCACUACAAAUACAAGCGGGAACCGUACUCACGCCCUGGCACCCCGCCGGCAACGUUCCACCAUCAGCAGCAGCAGCAUCACCAGGCAUCGCCAAGACACGCGUCUUAUUCAGACGUCAUCGUUCCCCAGCAAUACCGACCCCGCUCGCGGACACCAACACCAACUCCUACGCAUCAUCACCAGCACCGGAUCGCUUCGGUAAUCCAGGAGCGUUACAUCAAGGAGGAACGACCUCCGCGCCGAUCGUCGAUCGACGAGGAUCAACAGGUUGCUCAGUAUUAUCGCGAUCACCCAGAGCAAGCUCUGCGUUACACGCGACCAGAAGAGGACGAAGAAGAACUCGAGUACGCCCGUCGGUACCAUGCACGCUACGAAGCAAACCCGGACGAAGAGGAAGAAGACGAGCAACAGCAGUACCGCCGACAAAGGCGACGACUCUCGGAGGAACGGCGGCGGCGUGACGAAGACUCGGACUUUAGCGACAGCCAGGUCGGCGGAGCGGUCAGUGGCGACACCGACCACUACCCAAAGUCCGAGGAGGAACCCGAGGAGGACGACGAAGACGACGAGCGUCCGCUGGACCUCUCGAUGAAGAUCAAACGGCGCAUCCGGAAGGACUCGGCUGGCAGCUGCGACUCGGACGACUCCGCCGGGCCCGACUCGGACGGAAAUCCCCGCGGCCAGGGACGGGCUGCGUACAAGAAAAGUCUGAUGAAGCGAUACCUGGACACCGAGAUUCCGCUGCCGCCCCAGACGCCGAGUCCGCCCCCGCAGCAGCGAUCCUCGGCACACCACCACCACCACAACCACCACCACAGUCACCUUCAUCACAGCAAUGGGGGCCACCACCAGCAAUCGUCCAGCAGCAGUUUGCUCGCCACCAGUCUCAGCCAGCAGUCGACCCAGCAGCACAGGCCCCUGCUCCACGGGCUGCUCAGCGGCACCCACAUACCUCAGGCGCCCUACCACAGCCGGGGCUACAGCACGUCCAGCACAGUCUGCUCAACCACGUUCCCGUACGGCGCCGCAGACGUGGACGACGACGGUUUCCUGGAGAACAUCUUCCAUCUGCAGUCGAUGGAAAAGUUUAAAAACUCACACCGCUUUCUCAAGCUAACAAGCUCACUACCUCCAAGUCCCGCCGACAGUGGCGUGUCCGACGUGGACAGCUCGAGCAGUGGUGGCCAGCCGGCCUGCAGCGAUGAACUCAAAGCCCGCCUCGGAAUCCCGCUCAGCAGCAAUCAGCAACAGCAGCAGCAACAGCAAAACCAGACCAGCGGUAGCAGCAGUAGUUCGUUACUGGUCGGGAGCGGCGGCGGCGGCGGCGGUGGCGGAUUACCUCCACUCAAUCCGGCCUCGUCCUCUCCAACUUCCGGGGGUUCGCUCCCCUCGUCGGUGGCUCUCUCGGCGGCGGCAGCGGCCGUCACCCAGCAGCAUCUGCAGCAGCAAGCACAAGCCCACCUGCCGCCGGGCACGUUCCUGCGGCCCAACUUUUACCACCACAGCUCGCCGCCCCUCCGGAACAUCUGGAACCAGCGGACCGUGCCCCUUGCCGACAACUACCACUACCUGCACUCGAUGAACGCGGCGGCCGCGGCCGGCUAUCCGUCGUCACACUUCCCAACGCCGUCGCCACCUCGCGGCGGUCAGUCCGGUCCCCAGCCGGGCAUGGGUCAGCACUCGUACCAGCACGUGACCGGCCAGCAUCAGCACGUAGGGAACGGCGGCCCCGUUAUGGUGCAGGGCCUGCACCACCACCACCCGCAGAGCGUCACCUCGAGCUGUCCGGACGAUCUGAGCUACAUGCUGGAGCUCGGAUUCCCGCCGCGCAAGCUCAAGAAGCCCAAGAAGCCGAAGCUGGAGAUGGGCGUGAAGCGGAAGUCACGCGAGGGCUCGACCACGUACCUGUGGGAGUUUCUGCUCAAGCUGCUGCAGGACCGCGAGUACUGCCCGCGGUUCAUCAAGUGGACGAACCGGGACAAGGGCGUCUUCAAGCUCGUCGACUCGAAGGCCGUCUCCAAGCUGUGGGGCAUGCACAAGAACAAACCGGACAUGAACUACGAAACGAUGGGGCGCGCCCUCCGGUAUUACUACCAGCGCGGAAUCCUGGCCAAGGUCGACGGCCAGCGGCUCGUGUACCAGUUCGUGGACGUCCCGAAGGACAUCGUCGAGAUUGACUGUACGGGCACAUAGAGGUACGACCUGGGCGAGCUGCGCCGCCACAAACAAACACAAAAGUACACAAACUAGUCCGGUUUCCGGCGCGUUGUCCCAUCGCGGCCUACUUUGUACAGAGAAUGAGUAAGAGAGAUACUAUUACUACUACUACUACAACUACUUCCGAUUAGUUAUGAUUUAGCGUGUACGGAACCGCGUGCUGAAUGAUGAGCUUUGAGUUACGUUUUUUUUUCUUUUUGAUAUUUAUUUCUAUUACUUUGAGAGAGCGAGUGAUCUUCCCAACCUUCGCGCAGAUCCUCGUGUUUUAGUUAAGCCCUGUAUCAUAUUAGUUCGUUAAGCUGUAAUAUUAUGUUUAUUUUGUGUAAAUUAUAAUUUAUUUAAGUUAAAAACCCACACCAACACACUCACACAGAAAAUCGCAAGAAAAUCAAGAUAAUAUUACGCAAAACAAAACACAAACACACGAAAAAGACAAUAAAAAGGAGGGAAAAUAGCUAACAGUGUUGCGCUUUUUCGUUUAAACCGAUUUAAUUUGUUUUUUAAUGGUCAAGUUUUAAAACCCACUACUUUUUAAGUUUUUGUUACCCCCGAGAGGACAUUGGCGCAAGCAGAUUACAUUUUAACCACAAAUGCGGCGCGGUUCCGAUUGGCGUGCACGGAGUGCGUUCAAAGAUGUUCCGAAACUGACAGCUCCGCGCUUUGAACGCACUCGUUUGCGUUAAAAGGAACCAUCCACGCAGAAAAAAACACACAGCAGUUUAAUAAACAAACACACGUGUCAAACAAGAGAAGUACAAAUCGAAUCAAAACAUAGUAAUUGUGUGUGUGCGUCCUCAAACGCCUCGCGGUCACCGGGGUUAGUUUCUUCUUCUUCCGAUUCAUUUAGCUUACUGGCGCUAGUUUUAACCAAGUUUUUUUGUUUUUUUUCUAAAGUUAGAGCUUUUUUAUUCUUUUCUUGGAACUCAUUUUAAAAUAUUAUUGGCGAAAGCAAAACCACACUCACACACGUGCUGAGAGGAUGUAAAUUUUUGUGUAAAUUUUUUUGUACUAUUCGUUAAGGUUUAGACUUGUAAGGCUCUUUAGUUGCGUAAGUUUUUUUUUGUAUCCGCUAGAAUGCAAUCAGCUGUAAUCAAGUGUAAAAAUAUUUUUUAAGUGCAAGUAUUUUGUUUUUAAGAGGUUCUUUCGCUCUACUUUCUAAAAUUCUUUAAUUUUAACAUAUCUUGCGAGCGUUAUCGUUUUUAAGGAAUACUACAACUCACUGCCCCCCAUUCUCUCAACCUCUUCUUUUAAUUGUUUUAUUUGUUUAAGAAGCCUUCCCGCCCCCACGCUCCCCCCUUCGUAUCUAAGAAAUUGUCAAUCAAAGUGAUACAAACCGAAAAUCAAAAAGAGUUAGGAAAAAAGCAGCAAACUAAAACGUGAAAAAAAUGAGCCGAAUCCGAACACACACUCACUCAGACACGCAAGAGCUGACAAGAAUUUUAAAAGAGAAUAAAACGAAGUUUCUUUAGAAUCUUGAUCUCAUUAAUUUAUUUUUAUUGAAAGGCAAACAAACAAAAAAUAUUUUUAAAUCGCGAAAUUAUUUUGGUUUCCUCACCGUGUGUACAUACAAGCUUGCGAGAGCAAUGAGUUUUUGAUUUCUCCCAAUUUGAGUGUUAUUUUGUGAUCCUGGACGCGGCGCGGAGCGCCUGCAAAAUUCUGUCCCCGAAGCAGUACUAGAUUCGAUCGAACGCAAUCCAAACUUUUGGCGAAAAUCAAAUAAAAUUAACACGAUGCCUACCAAAAUCCAAUUCGACACUGCCAUGUAUAUUCGAAGAGUGAGAGAGUGACCGGACAUUGGUGCAUAACACUAGCUUAGCGUAAAAUUUACUCACCCGUUCUAGUACGAUGACGCCGUAGGAAGCCACGCCCCCUCACGUAAUCGAAUCUAGUACUGCGCGCAGAUUGUGCCCGCUCACGCCGACGUUCCACUCGUGCUAGCUUUUAGUGGAGGAUUUUUUCCUCCACGCCAAACACGCUCAACUGCCUGUUCCCUCUUUGGAUUUUACGCGCUUUUUGUUCUAUAUUUUUUCUUACCCAAAAUCAAACAAAACACGCAGACACACACGCCGAGACUACCCCAAAAAAAAUAUUGAAUCUGUUACAAGUUUUUCAACUUCCCACGUCAAAAAAAAAAUGAGAGAGUAACGAAACAAGUGUAAUAGAUCGAACGACAAGUAUGUGCAAUGAACCAAAUCAAGAAGUAACAAGUAGAAAGAAAGUGUGUCUACCCCCGCAAAACACAAACAAAAAGUAAACAACAACCAAGAUUUUUAGAAAAUCGAGCAAAAAGUAAUGGAGGCUCUGUUCUGUGCGAGCUCGCUGUCGAAAAACCAAAACUCAAAACUAAACUAGAAACAGCAUCAAAAAACGUUUGGCAAACUGUAUUCUUGAAAAAGCAAAAACGCAACCCACACAAAAGUAGAAGAAGCGAAAAAAGAGUAUAGAAUGAAGCUUGAAGGAAAAAGAGGAUAGUUUGAUAGUUUUUACGCGGUAAAGAUGAUUAGACGUAAAACAUUUAUGAUUAAAGAGUAAUUCUAUACAUAACACAAGCCAGCAAAAAAAAAAAAACAAAACAAAAAAGGAAACGUUUCUGAAAAGAGAAAAUCAAAGUGCGGAAUGCAUACAUCUAAAAAAUAACAAAAAAAUGGCGAAGGAAAAGUUUAGAAUCAUUUGUUAUGUGUAUAUUAAUUAUACUUUAAAUGUUGCAAAUUUUAUAUAUAAAAAUUAUAAGCUAGAAAAAAGAAAAUAAAAAUCAUAUAAUUUAAUUUGAAAUAACCCCGUUUAUUUUAUGUUCUUUGAUUUCACCUUUUCCCUUCUCAAAAUCCUACAAUUUGUUUGUUUACCCAAAACUUUCGUUUGUCUUAUUAUUUUAACCAACCUUUGUUGAGCGUGUAAGUGUAUCCAAGCAAACUGCAACACUGAGAAACAGCUGCAUAGGCGUUUGUCACUGCAGGAAAGUUGCAUACAUUCGGGCGCUUUCCAAAAGGAGAGAGGAAACAAACGCAAACGCUUACUCUCUCUGGUCUGUGUGUGUUGCAUACCGUCAGGCGUUAUGCAUCAGCUGCAGUCAAAAACAGGAGCAGCUGCAUUUGGAGACAGCAAUAUUAAAUUGGAAUCGCGUUAUUUUUUUUUUUAAUUACUUCAAAAAUUAUUUUUUCUACUCUCUAUUUUUAUAUGUUUAUAAUUUAGCACAAAAAAAUCUUAUUAAAAUGCAGUUCAAUUGGACAUACCGAGCAAUAUCAUUGCAUUCACCAAUUCCAAUGUGUGGGAAGUAAAAAAAAGAAAACUCGUCAGGAAAUCACAGUAAAUGAAAGAAAUUUGGAAGACUUGCGCACGAUCGCUAAAAAAAUCUGUAGAAUGUUGGUAAUUUUUAGUAUAACUGUAUUUUUGAACCUAUAGCAAAUGCAUAAAAGAAAAAUUAGCAAACAAAAAACUCAUAAGUAGUUUACACUCUAAAUCACACCCACGAAACUCACAGAGUCACGCCGUGGACACAAGUCUCGUUUAGGUAGAGUAAACAAUUGGCAAACGCGUAAAUGUUUAUUAAUCCAAAGUCACUUUGAGCAAAAUAAAAAAAAUAUCACGUACAUUCACUCUCUGUAAAAGCCCUUUAGAAGCAGCAGCAUAAAAAAAUUAAAGAUCCACAUAAAAAUAAUUCAAACCUGGUGCUGGAGUUAACUUUUUUUGGUCGACUAAUUUUCUGUUUGUCAACAUUUUUAAUGGUAGGGACAAAUUGGCAAAUUAAAACGAAUUGUUUCUAUUAAGCGGAGAAAAAAAACGUAACGGUAUUGGAAAGGGAGCGAAUUGGCAUAAGACUGAACACAAAUUAAAACAAAAAAAAACUAGGAAAAAUCAUUUGAAACAACAAAAAAAAACACACAUGGAAAAAGAGCUGAGUUUUGGAAGCAAAAACAAAAAAAAACGAACUGAUUGGCUGUGCGAAGCAAAAAAGAAGCAAAUUGGCUAAGCUAAAAAGAAUAAAAUCAAGGUAAAUGAAUGUGAUAAAUCGUUUAAAACUUCGGUAUCAAAAUUGUAGGCUAGACGAAAGGGACGUUAUGGUUUCUACUUUCUGUACUUUAUUUUCGAUCAGAACUAACGAGUGGUUUCGAAACGUGAGAAAAACUUAACUCCACACCGUCAAAAUUUAUAAAAAAAAGUGAAGCAAAAAAAAUCGUGGGAGAUUUUUGUAGGUACGAUUUAAAUAUUCGCUAUCAAGUAAAAGUAACCCUUAAAAACUAACUCAUCGCAAUAAGAAAAUUACAAGGAUAGAGAAAAAGUUCUUAUUUUAUGUGGUCCAAACUUUUGACUUAUCGUUAACGCAAGUAAAGCAAAUGAAACGUGUGCAAUUUGUACAUAUUUUUGUAACACGAAACAAGUAUGUCCACAUUUGUGGAACACACAAAAAAAAUGUCAUCACAAAAUCGCUCUAUUUGUGCCGUUUGCAAAAUCUAAUCGAAUCACCCACUUUCAACCUCACGCCAUAAAUGUAAAAUUUUGUUUUUUUAAUCUUGUAGCAAAAUAAAUAAAAAUCAAAUUAGUUAAAUUAUGUCGAAUCCACGCCGACACAUGCAAUUGUAUGGAGUAACCAGAUUGUAGCAAAAUUAUAUCUUCAUAUACUUAGCAAAAAAGAGACAAGAGAGAUCAAAACUAAACUUACAAAAAAAUAAAGUUACAAAUUAUAGUCCAAUUGAAGAGAACAAACACCCAAAAAAACACACAAAGAAAAACUCACAUUUACAAAACAAAAGGCAACUCGACAGUACACAGACGCAACGAUUCCAACUUAAAAUACAAAUGGACAGUACCUCACAGAAGUAUUAAAAUAUAGUCAAAUUUUCCGACCCCCUCAAAAAGGAUAUCACAGCAAAAAGUAGAGUAAAUUGACCACAGAAAACGCUGAAUGGUUUCAAUUCAAACACCUCCACAAAUAUUGAGCCACGUGUCAAAUUAUUCUCAUUUUACUAAAGAGUAGCAAAUUUGUUAAACUGUACAGAUGAUCUCGAACUUUCCGUUUGUACGAGCAAUGUUUAACUUAGCCUAAUGCACUAAAUCAAUUAUAAAACUUGAGAUCGUUUAGACUUUUGUUUUCAGAUCUUUUAUUGAGUCUGUUUGAAAUGAAAUAUCAUCUUAUAAAUGUAUCAUUAUACAUUAAAAUGCUAAGAAAAACAUACAAACAAGAGAAAAACGAUGUACAUCUUUGAAAAUUACCUCAGAAUCAGAAGUUUCACAACAAAUACAACCUAGUCGAUUAAGCAAAGAAAAGAUUAAAAGUUAUAUUCAUCUUAUCAUUAAAAACAAAACAAAAAAAAAACAAAACAUGAAAGCAGAAGUCGUCGCUCUUGUAGCUUGAAAAAUCGUACUGAUGUCGAAACUAGCAAAAUUUCUCAAACCAAGUAAAUCAACUAACAUUAAGAAAAAGUAUGAAAAAUAAACACGCACGAAUGGUAUUCCUUUGCCCAGCGCGAAAGUAAAAGUCGUAGCCAUUAGUUUAUACUGAACGAUACUGUCUUAUACAAAACAAAACAAAAAGAUAUAAAUGUAAUAUUUCUCAGACCCAGCCCAAGCAAACCAUAAAACUUUUCGCUCUCAACCAAAUAAAAAGUAAAACAAUUGAUAAUGCAAAAUGUAGAAUUUUUAUAAAAUAAUAUACGACUAGCAAAGACUACUUGCGAAUAAUCCACACACACACACACUCACGGAAACACAAACACACACACUCACACAUUUAUAGCGAAUGAGAAAAGACUUGAAUUGAAACCUUAAAAUUAUACCCUACCAUUAUUGUGCAAGCAACUUGCAUCUAUACUAGAAAACAUUAAAACAUAAAAAAACGGCAAGCUAUGUGAAGCAUUCUUAUAAUAUGAAAAAAAAAAUCUCAUUGAAAGUCACGGCAAGCAUUUAUAAAAAAAUAUCUAUCAUGGAAAUAAGUCGAGAGUAAAUAAUUAAAUCAAUGGAAUGGUAAAUCUUGGAAGAGUCAGAGCGUUUAAAGUUAUAUUUUUUCAAUAUUUUAUUUUAAUCAAGACAUAUUUUAAUUGCAGCGAUUUUACUGAAAAAAAAAUAUGUGAUGCAUUUCAACUAUAAACCAUAACAACCACAGAUGUCUAUCUAUAUAUUUACAACCACAUUUGAGUUGAACAUUGUUUAAGCAAGAACAAUAAAAUGGCGAUAGCAAAGUGUAUUUUUCAAAGCAAAAAAAAACGGUUACUUUCAUAUCAAAGAAGAUUUUUUCUAGAAGAAUGAGAGCAGGGAGUGAUGAUUCGAGUGCACAGCACCGGAGAUCGAAGAAAUCUGUUUAGCGAAUAGCGUUAGAGAAGCAUUAUAUAGAAGGUACUGUUUUUUAUCUUUACAAUAACUGAAAGGCAUAUUAGACUAAUUCGUAGUAGAAUUUACGGUGGGAAACACAAGCGACGGGGUGAUAUUUAUUUUUAGGUAAAUCAACUGCAUAUUUCUGGCCAGGAGACAUCUUCUAUUUUAGCGAAGACACCACAAAAAUCAAAUCCACAAAACAGCAGCGCAGAAACCGAACACGAUUCGAUAAUAGCAAAGAAAAUAUUAGUUACCUUCCUGGAUUCUGUCUAACGGAGCAUGAUUAAUUAGAAGCUGGCUGACGUAAAAAGAAAACCUUAGAACAUUCUGUCUUAACUUAGCAUGAAGAGAAGAGGCAGCAGGGAAAAAAUGAAGAAAAAAAAAUACAUUAAAAUAAACAGUCAACUGUGUACACGAACGCAUACGAAAUAAAUAAAAACGCACUUACAAAGUGAGUGCGUGGUCAACACAAGACUAGUAUUACCCUUGGUAUGGUAAAUUUGAAUACAGAUAUAAAAACAAAAACCCUAUUCUUACAUAUAUGACAACAAUUACGAAAUUAUCAGGAAUGAACAAAAAAAAUAUACAUCUAACACCGUGUAAAAUACCUUAUUGAAUAAAAAUACCAAGAAUUAAUCUUCUUAACAAAAA